AUGACUGCAAUUCCGACCCAAACAUUGCCAGUAUCAAGUUUUCAUAAUACAUCACCCAAAAAAAGACCUAGUCCUAAGAACAGAAAAAAAAGUGACAUAUAUUCUACACAAAAAGCAGAAUGUCAGGCAGCUUUAGAUUAUGACAGCCAUGUGAUACAGGAUCACGAAGAACCAGAUUUUGAAAACUGUAAUACUGACAAUGGUGAAAGUGUUAUGAAUAUUGUAAAUCAGUUAUACAAAGAAUUUGAUUGUAAUAGAGAAUUUAUGGAUUCAGCAACUCAAGUUACUAUUGCAGAUAUUGAAAUUAUAUUUAUCACGUUAAUAAAUUCUCCUAACCGGAAUACCUACAUUUCAACUUUUAGAAAAAAUUAUUGA